AUGCAUCUAACGUCGUUAUUCUCCUUCUUUCUCGCGUUGUUGUCGCUCUCCCAUCUCGCGGCGGGCCUCAAGCUCAUCGAGUCCAAGUCCAUCACGCCUUGCACAAACACCGCUACCCAGAACAACGCCGAUUUCACCGCAACCGAGUUCAACAUCGCCUUCACCCCGGAAAACCGCACGCUGAAAGUCAACUUCCAUGGCGUCUCCUCUAUCAAGGGCUUUGUCAAUGCUCGCAUCGAGCUCUUUGCCUACGGUUUCCCGGCCGUCGACCAGCGUUUCGAUCCAUGCGCCCCCGGCCUCGACCUCCAGGGUCUCUGUCCCAUGACCGCCGGGCCCAUCGACCUCCAGACAGACUUUGUCGAGAUCUCAGACGAUGUCAUCAACAAAGUUCCCGGAAUCGCGUAUAAUGUGCCUGAUAUCGAUGCCAAGUUCCGGGCAUAUAUCUAUGCAGCCGACACUGGGUCGACCAUUGCCUGCUUCGAAGGACAGCUUUCCAACGCCAAAACAGUCUACCACAGAACAGUCGGAUGGAUCGUCGCCGUCAUUGCUGGCAUCGGUCUCGUUGCCUCUGCCAUCACCUCCGGUCUCGGUCACUCCAACACUGCCGCCCACGUAGCCGCCAACGCACUCUCCCUCUUCAGCUUCCUCCAGGCACAGGCCAUAAUCGGUCUCACCUCAGUCACUCUGCCGCCCGUCGUCCAGGCUUGGACCCAGAACUUCCAGUGGAGCAUGGGCAUCAUCCACGUCACCUUUAUCCAGAACAUCUGCACCUGGUACCAGCGUGCCACGGGCGGAACCCCAACUAAUGUCCUCAACGCGCCCUCCACUACUUCCAUCCAGGUCAAGAAACGCUCAUUGGAAGUCAUGCGCGACAUGCUUUUUACCUAUCCCAACGGUCUGACCAAGCGUGUCAACAACGAGCCCACAGUCGGAGAGACCAUCAACAACAUCGUCCUGCGUGGUAUCGAACGAGUAGCUUACAGAGCCCAGAUGGAGGUCACUAACGUCUUCAUGACCGGACUCCUCUUCUUCGUUAUUUUUGUCACCUUUGUUGUCCUCCUAGUUACCGCCUUCAAGGGAUUCUGUGAAAUCGCAGCCAAGAAGGGCUGGAUGAAGAGUGACAAGUUCCAGGACUUUAGGAACGGAUGGAAGAUUGUCAUGCGAGGAAUUCUCUUCAGACUGACUUUGAUUGGCUUCCCCCAAAUGGCAAUCCUCUGUCUUUGGGAGUUCACCCAGAUCGACUCCCCAGCCAUUGUCGUCCUGGCUGUUGUCAUGCUACUCUCCGUCGUCGGUUCUCUCGGCUGGGCUGCCUUCAAGGUCAUCAACCUCGCAAAGAAGUCCGUCGAAAUGCACAAGAACCCAGCGUACAUCCUCUACUCCGACCCAUCGGCACUCAACAAGUGGGGAUUUCUUUACGUCCAGUACCGUGCUACCGCAUACUACUGCGUCGUUCCGCUCCUCGCCUACAUUCUCAUCAAGUCUAUGUUCAUCGGCCUCGCCCAGAAGGCUCCUUACGUUCAGGCCAUCGCCCUCCUCGUUAUCGAACUCGGUGUCCUUGUUGGUGUCGCCAUCCUGCGUCCGUGGAUGGACAAGAAGACAAACAUCUUCAACAUCUCCAUUGCCGCCGUCAACUUCUUCAACGUCAUCCUCCUCCUCUUCUUCAGUGAAAUCUUCAAGCUCCCAGGUCUUGUCGUCGGAAUUAUGGGUGUAGCCUUCUUCGUUAUCAACGCAGUUUUCGCCCUCAUUCUUCUCAUUCUUGUCCUUAUCGCUUCCGGAUACGCCAUUCUCUCCAAAAACCCCGAUACACGCUACCAGCCCAUGCGUGACGACCGUGGCUCCUUUAUCAAAUCUCACACCCAGCUCACCACCGAGCUCGAUGCCCUCGGCGCCACCGCCCGCGGAGAAGGCAAGUUCAACGAGUUCGAAGACGACUCAACUUCUCUCUCAGGCCAAUCCAACACCCGCACCCCAAUCGACACCCGCUCUGCAAACGAUCAACACCAUCCAGGCCAGGGAUACCCCAACCGUCCCGUACAUUCCCCCGUGGACCCAUCGGUCCCACUCUUCCCAUCAAGCGCAUCAACGCACUCCGCACACUCGCAGAGAACAAACAUGCCUUCCCAAUAUCAGCAACCUUCCUUCCAGGACUCAGCAUCUGUACAUUCCUCAUCAUACUCACGGCAGAACCCUUCCCCUGCUCCAGGCGGGUAUAAUGCUUCUCCCUACCCUCGCACGGGCUCAGCGAACCCUCACACAGCCAGAGCGCAAAACAACGCUAGCCCCUGGCAACGAGGCGCCGGUUAUGACUAA